AUGAAGUUUAUUCAGGAGUCCUCGACAUAUUACUGGGGAAUCUACGUUCCGUCUAGCUACGGCUCGUACUCCAUUGAAAUGGACCAGGGAGACAACUGGGAAUUCGACCGGGACGACUUCUACCCGGCAGACAUCGCUCUCAGUAACGGAAAAGUGUCCUAUACUGCCACAACGGCCGCCAGCGGGACAGACGUGUGUGUGGACGACCUUGUCAGCGCAGACUUCGGGUUCCUGGCCUCGUUCUAUGCCAUGGAUGUCAUCACCGGCAGCUACGAGGCAAACGCCACACUUGACACCGAAAAUGCCGGAACAGUGUUCCUCAACGCGUCCGGCUUUGUCGAGAUCCACCCGACCAUCUCGGCUUACCAGGACAACGACACCGGCUACGGCGUUUUCGAGAUCCACGUCCCGUCCAACUUCACGCCGUUUGGAAUCAGCGCAGAAAGCGAAAACAACUGGGUCUUUGUCGACCAGUACUACCAUUUCGACUACGACGGGUCCUCUUUGAACGGCUCGUUCUCCAAUCUGGCCAACACCUCCAUCGACAUGUCCUAUCCUCUCACCCAUGCUCCAGGCGGCGCCUACAACGUUGGCUUUGCCAUCAGGCCGGUCGACAGCAACCAGGCCCUGAAAAAGAGAGCAGAGAACGACUACGAUGCCACCUUCACAUUCACCGACCCAGACACCACAAUGUAUCUGAGCACCUCCGUCUCUCUGACCCAUACGGCUACCUCCACUCCGUCCUCCACUUCAAGCUCGUCUACAGCGUCGGCCUCGUCCACAGACGCCCCUACCUACACCAUCACCUACGAAGGAGACAAAAUAUUCAUAGAUUUCUCCAUUCCUUCGAGCAUCAUGGAACGCGGCUCUGUGUCGUAUUCCACUUCCAACGAGGACAACUUCGAGAUCGACAGCGCCAGCUCGGGCACCAUCCCGCAGAGCAGUUCAGCGGCCAGCUUCGAAAUCACCGGACACGAGCCAGACAACACCAAGCCGGGCUCCGUCGACGUUUACAUCUCGCUUGCGUCUGGAUCCAAAGUGAAAAGAGCCGACUCCUGGUACUAUACCAUCAAGCUGAGUGCCACGUCGUCCAGCGGCGUGAUCAAGCCCAGCUCUUCGGAGUCGUCAGCCCAAACGACCCAGAUCCUCACCACAACAAAUAGCGACGGCAAGACCACCGUGCUCACCACCGUGGUUGCCAAAGAGACCAGUGUCGUUUCUGACGACGACGACGACACACUGACAUCUAUCGACGGGUCUGCCAUGACUUCCAGCAAGGGAGACCCUCACGGCGAGACCAUCAAGACAUCUUCGAGCCGAACGAGUGGCUCGACAACCAGCUCCAAAACCACAAAUAAUGCGAAAACCACCGCGACACAGGCAGGCCAGACGGUGGUCACCAGUGUGAACUCUAACGGUGACACCACGGUGAUCACUACGAGUCUUGCCUCGGGCGUCGCUCUGUACCAGACGACGGACCAAAAAGGAAAUACAGUCCUGGCCACAUCCUAUAGCUCCGGCUCAGACGGCUACAUCACCGCCACCACCAACGCUGACGGCAACAUUGUAUACACUACCGUGAAAGAAGCAAGUGCUACGGGAACCUCAAAUGCAGACGGAUCAUCCAGUGGAUCAUCCAAUGGAUCCUCUGGCAGAUCCUCCGACAACUCUUUUGACGGCUCGUCCAAUGACUCCUCCGGCUCCUCCGGCUCCUCCGGCUCCUCCGUCAGCCCGUCGAACGGAGCUAUUGUGACCACAGAUGCAAGCGGCCACUCGACCACCAUUUCCGCCACAGGCUACAAAACAACCAUCACGGGCACUGAUUCCAAAGGAAACACGCUGCUGAUCACAACCAGCGUGCCAGCCGGUGCCUCCGCGAUUUUGACUACAGACGCCAACGGCAGCCAGACGCUUACCACGGUGACUGCAUCUCGUGGUAGCUAUUCCAACUCUGCCGGCCUGUCCGUUUACUCCGGCAUAGCCGUCUCCAAAGCACCAUCAGCAUUGCUCGGUGUUCUUACCGUGCUCUUUUACGUUCUCCUCUGA